UUUUUCUCUCUUUUGAUUGGCCGUUGCAAUUAUUUUGGUUUUGGUUUUAUGACAUUCAAUCAAAAAGUGCUCUAUUCGUUAGAUUACACAGGCUGAUGUUAUCAGUGUUAUCUUUUUCGGUGAUUACUUUGCAGGAUGAAGGAGAUUCAAAUGAUUCGGACGACGAAGAAAAUAACUGGCCCGAGCUGAGAUAUGGAAUCUACAAAAAUCCAACACCGGGUCCUUCGUGGAGAGAGGAUGAUGAAGUGUCCCCUAAUCCCGCUUGAUCUGCUCAGGGCCCAUUUGCGCCUACGUGAAGCACCACCUUGAGUCAGCAGCGUGGUAUGUAUGAAGGCUUGGGCCAACGAUCUGGGCCUACUUGUUGGAGGGAGAUAUCAUGCUGGAGGAAGGGAAUGGUCGCGCUUCCGUCAACAAGAAAAUUCACGUAUGGCCCGGAGGGACUGUACCAUAUGUUAUGGACUCUGGACUGACUGCUUUAGCCAGGUUGGCCAUAAGCAAGGCCAUGAGGAAAAUGGAAAGCCUCUCAUGUAUACGUUUUAAACUCAGAACAAACGAACCCUACUUUGUCAGGUUCAUACGAGGAGUCGGCUGCUAUUCCUGCAUCGGUCGAACGAUGGAUAUGAAAGGACAAGUUGUUUCUAUUGGAUUUGGCUGUGAGAAAGAAGGGAUUGUGCUACAUGAGCUGAUGCAUACUGUGGGCUUCUUUCAUACAAAUUCACGACCCGACAGAGAUGCUUAUGUCAUUGUGUAUUCAAAGAACAUCAAACCUGGUUUUGAACGAAACUUCAGGAAGUACAGCCAUGGUCAGGUGGAUCGACUGGGUGCACCUUAUGACGUAACGUCAGUCAUGCACGUACCACGGGGGAGCUGGAGCCGUAAUGGGAGGAACACUAUAGAGUCACGCGCUGGAGCCCAUGUAGUUUUGGGUCAACAGAGAGGUCUAUCAGUUGUGGAUAAACAACAGCUUAAUCAGCUGUACAAUUGUGGCGGCAAUAAGGGCUGUUUUGUCUCUGUGGGUAUCGAGAAAGGUCAAAUACGCGACUCACAAUUGCGCGCAAGUUCUUACAAGAUAUACCACGAGCCACACCAGGCUCGGUUACAUCUGACCGCGGGAUCCAAGGGGAAUGGUGCCUGGUGCGCUGCUCGAAGUAGAAGUGGAGAAUAUUUACAGAUUGACUUAGGCUCAAGACACAAGAUUACAGCAGUUGCAACACAAGGCAUAGCAAGUCUUUUCACGAAAGCCUGGGUUAAAGGGUACAAAGUUCAAAGUAGUGACGAUGGCCGCCGCUGGGUCUUAAACACACAGAUCUUGAGGGGAAAUUGGGACGCAAACUCCGUGCAGUACAACGCCCUCCGAACACCGUUUAAUGGUCGAUACGUACGACUUGUCCCAACUGACUGGUACAGCCAGAUUUGUCUACGAGUCGAGCUUUAUGGAUGCAAAUAGAUGAGAUUAAAGGGCCAGCACAAAACGUUGUGCAUUCUCUCCCCAGAAGAGAAGAGAAAGCGAGAUGUAUCAUGUAUGCUAGUUAAUUUUAAAUUUUGACCAGCUUAUUUAUCAAGGGAAAUUAAGUGAAGGACGACCAGGAGAAUUUCUGUUGUAACUGUUGGUUUAGUGGAAACAUAUCAAAUUCCUAUAUUUUCAUUUAAAACGAUGGUAGACAUUAGAAGGAAUUUACCGUUUUUU